AUGACUGUUGAUGAGUAUGCUGCUCGAUUCGAGGAAUUGGUGAAGUAUUGUUCUCACUACAAUACCAAUGAGGCUAUGAAUUCCAAGUGCAUCAAGUUUGAGAACGGGCUGCGUCCCGAGAUCAAACAGGGUAUUGCUUGUCAAAAGAUAAGGAACUAUCCAGAGCUAGUGAGCAGAAGCAGAAUCUAUGACAAUGAUAACCGAACCAGGAUUGCACAUUACAAAGCUGUGAAUGAUCGGAAAGGUAAUCAGAAUCGUGGAAAGCCGUAUAGUGUUCCUGAUAUUAAAGAAAAACAAAAAGCUGCUUUUGGGAAGAAGCCAAGUGGGGGAGGAGGAUUUGCUUCCAACCCCAUUGUUUGCUUCAAGUAUGGUACCGAGGGACACCGUGCUAAUGAGUGUCCAAAGGAUGUUAAGAAAUGCUUCAAAUGUGGGAAAGCAGGUCAUGUGGUAGCAGAUUGUAGAACUAAGGUGCCUACAUGCUACAACUGUGGUGAAGAAGGUCAUAUCAGCACUCACUGUCAGAAGCCAAAGAAGACUCAGGGUAAUGGCAAGGUGUUUGCAUUAGUAGGAGCCCAGUCUACCAAUGAGGACCGAAUAGUAAAAGGUACUUGUUUCAUCCAUAACACUCCUUUGAUUGCCAUUAUUGAUACGGGUGCAACCCACUCGUUUAUUUCUGUGGACUGUGUGAAGAGAUUAGGACUUGUGCCGUCUACUUUAGAUCGGAGGAUGACUAUUGAAACUCCAUCUAUUGGUUCUGUGGUUACUUCCUUAGCGUGCUUGAAUUGUCCUUUGACUAUAUUUGAUAGAGAUUUCGGAGUGGACUUGAUUUGUUUGCCACUCAGUAAUCUGGAUGUUAUUUUGGGAAUGAACUGGCUAGAGUUCAACCGUGUGUAUAUUGACUGCUUUAGGAAAAUGUUGAUGUUCCUUACUCCUGAAGAGGAAGCGUUGGCAGAUUCGUUAUCUACCAAGGAGAUGAGAAUAUUGUUGGAGGAUGAAGCUAAGAUGUUUGCUAUGUUUGCUUCACCAUCUGUUGAAGGCAAAACAUCAAUUAAAGAGAUACCAGUGGUGAAUGAAUUUCUUGAAGUAUUUCCUGGUGAUAUUACAGAAUUACCUCCGAAGAGGGAAGUCAAAUUUUCUAUUGAUCUUGUUCCUGGUACUAGGCCUAUUUCUAAGGCGCCAUACAGGAUGUCUGCAUCGGAAUUGUCAGAGUUGAAGGCUCAAAUUGGUGAUUUGUUGGAUAAGAAAUUUAUUCGGCCGAGUGUAUCACCGCGGGGAGCUCCAGUGUUGUUGGUGAAGAAGAAAGAUGGUAGUAUGCGUUUGUGUAUCGAUUACCGUCAGUUGAAUAAAGUGACCAUUAAGAAUAAAUAUUCAUUACCAAGGAUUGAUGAUUUAAUGGAUCAACUUGUUGGUGCCCGCGUGUUUAGUAAAAUUGAUUUGAGAUCAGGUUACCAUCAGAUUAGAGUAAAAGAUGCGGAUAUUCAAAAGACAGCUUUUAGAACUCGUUACAGACAUUACGAAUAUGCAGUGAUGCCUUUCGGAGUAUCUAAUGCGCCCGGGUGUGUUUAUGGAGUAUAUGAAUCGUAUCUUUCAUUCAUAUUUGGAUCAGUUCAUAGUGGUAUAUGA